AUGUUGCAGUGGUUAUCACGUCAGUCUAACACACUGAAGGUCUCCAGUUCGAGCCUGGAUGAAAUCAAAAGUUCAUCAUAUGACCAUUCUUUUUGCCCUUUCGGUGUACAUGUUAUCGUGCCUCACCACCUACUAAUCUACAGCUGUACUCACUUUUUGACUUAUGACCAGCGGGUCACUCUCCUCUUUUGCACAUGCCAAUUCUCUGCAGCAAUCAAUACCACAGUGCGUCUACGCUAG